GUUCGGAAAAGGAAAACACUUAGGAAAUAUUGCUGUCUGAAAGCUUGCUAGAGCCACUUCAACUUGCCGUAUCAGCUGAAGACGUGGGAGCGCCUGCGGGCUCCAAAGAUGAAUCAAUUCAAUGAAGCAAUUCAAAUCCUUCUAGAUAAUACUUAAAAUUGAAACAAAAUGCUAUUUCAUUGCUUUAUUAUUCUAACAGUGGAUACAAAUUUUACUUUAGGAUGAUUCCAUUUCAAAGUAAACAAAUAAUUGUAUAGUACUUUUUUUCGAAUUCUUAAUAAAUAAAAUCAAUGACCCAAUAAUAUCCACUGUCCUCCGGUUUCAAUAAUAAAACUAAGGGAAAUUGAUUUUGUAUAGAAUGAAGGUCGACAGCACGGUUUUAGUAAAAUAGGAAAUUUAAUUUAAGUAACCAAUCAAUUAAACUUUGAUUUCAGUACUUCUAGCUGCCAUACCAUCUGCUUAUUCAAAACAUGGUUCAUAUUGAUUUACGUUAAACUUUUAAAAGUGUAUUUAAUAAUGGUAUAUUAUAAUAAUUAUAGUUUAUUAGCUCCUUAUUUUAUCUUAAUUAUUUGUUAUUGUAUUUGAUUUCAAUGAAUAUAAGUUUUUGUAUCUUUCAAUCGUUCGUUUUUCAACACUGAGUUUACAAUGGCCGUCAGAUCAGUAGUGUGUUUGGUUUGUUGUUCGGUUUGUUUUUAGUUUUCUUCUGUGGAUAGAAGAUAUUAUUAUGUAUAUUUUAGUUUAAGAAGUUCGGUUAGCGAAAUCAAAGUAUACAUGAAGAAGUGUGUGAAUUGAUAAAAUGCAAACGUCCAUACUUACUAUACAAAAUGAAUUAGAGAAAGCAAGGGAGAGGUUAAAAGGUGUUGAAGAUAAUAUAAAGAAGAGUAUUGGAAGAGAUAUAAAUAGUGGUCCUCCAAUAUUGAGGGCUGGUUUCAAGAGAGCUGCACGCCAUUUAGAUAGUGCUGCAGAAACACCUGCACGUCAAAGAUUUCAAAAUGAAAGUGUUAAGAGUCGACUUGGAGAUUUUAUUAGGAGUACAGAAGAACCAAGAAGCCGAGAACAUGAUUUUAGAGGAAGAAUCAACCGAAGGUUAUCAGCCACAGAUACUCCAAGGUUACGAAAAGUAGAAAAGACCGAAGAAAGAGUUCCAGCCAAAAAAAGGUUGGGAGAACAACCAGCUGUCACAGUAUUUAGCAGGCUUUCUGGGCCUCCUAAGGAUGAUGACUUUGAAGAAAAAGAAUCUGUUAAGAUUACUUCACAAGUUAUAGUGCAAGAUGCUCCAAGUAGAAAAGAAGUUUUGGCUGCACAAAAUGGAGAUAACCAGAGUAAAGCCAGGAAUCGUAGAAUGUUUGGAGCUUUAUUAGGAACAUUACAGAAAUUUCGGCAAGAAGAAAAUAGGUUAAAGGAAAAAGAAGAUAAGCGCGCUCAAGUUGAAAAAAAAUUGGAAGAAGCAGCUCUUAGAGAAAAAGAAGAGCUGAAGAAAAAAAGGCAAGAAUUAUUUUCUUCUAGAAGGCAGCAACAAAUUGAGAUCAGACAACUUGAAUAUAAACUUGUGAGACUGAAGCAGCUAACUGAGUGGGAAUCAACGAAGAAACACCUGCUCAACUUUAUUCAAACUAAAUCCUCCCCAAAAAUAUUUUUUCUUCCGAAAAUCCAUAAUGAAAAAAGCAAGGAACUUCUAGAAGAAAGUAAAAAACACAUUCAACAAAUGAUUGAAGAAAAACGAGCUGAAGUUGAAAAAGCUAUUGCUGAUCAUGCCGCUACCAAGAAAGAUGGUAGAGAAGAUAUUCACGAUGAAGAAGAAACACGAGGAGAUGAAGAGGAAGAAGAGGAGGAGGAAGAGGAAGGGGAAGUAAGGGAUGAAAAUUCUGAGGCACCAGUUGAAAGAAUGGAUAUUGAAGAAGCAGUUGAAAAGGAUAACUUAAAUGGAGUUUCGGACAAAGAAAAUGAUGCUGAAGAGGAAUCAGUGAUUGAUGAACAAAAAAUUGAAAGUAGUCCCAAUCCUGGGCCUGAAGUCGAUGUUGAUAUUGAAGAAACUACUUAGUCCUUCCUGAACUGUUCAUCAUGAAUAUGUAUAUAUAUAUAUUUUAAUUUAAACUAAUAAUAUGAUUCAUUUGUAAUUUUUCUUUUAUUAGAUGAUUUGGUUUUAUUUAAUUCUUAAACCAAUAUGUCUUUUAUUUAUAGAAGCUAGCAUUAAUAUUAUUUCUGUACAUUAGAUUUUGAAAUUCAAAUCUAUCUCUUUCUUGUUUGGAUGGUUGAAUGUACUGCGUGACACCUACUUCUUUUAGAUAGACUGCUUCAGUGCUAGCUUGUGUGUAUGAGAAUGUGGUACCUGAUUUGAACAUAUAGAACAUUUUUAUCUUCCCUUGUACAUAAGAAGAAAGUUAAAAUUUAAAAUUGGUGCAAAGAAUUAAUUUUCUUUGUAUGUGUGAUAUUUUAAAAUACCUUUCAACAUUUUUCUUUCUCCCAAAAAUUAACAUAAAAGCUUUUCUAGAUUCAUACUGUGAACUUUGUAAUUAGGAAAAUCAUGUAAUCAUUCAUUAAAAAAAAAAAAAGAAGCCGAUCUUUUCAAGAAAUGUGUACUUAUUUAACUUUUGUUUAGCAACAUAAACAUUUGAUCCCUACAAUUUUAAUUCUAAAUCACUGCUUAAAAUUAAUUUUGUGUAAAUUGACAUUCACAUACUUACUUGUCCAUUGUAUGAUAGUUAUAUUUUUCUUUAAAUGCUCAGGAUGGUAAAAUUUUUAAAGGUUUUAAUAUUUUCAUUUAUUUAAAUUUUUUUAUUUAUGUUUGUUUUGUUUUUCCAUUCAGCUGAGUCUCUUUACUGUAUCAUAAAAACAGAAUGUAAUUAUGUUAUCCUUUACAUUUUUUUAAAGGAAAUGUGAAUAAAAUGUGUUUAUUAGCUCUUCUGAGCUUGUAAUUUAAUUUUUAAUAUACAUUUUAAAUGAAAUGAUUUAAUUUAAAUUAUGCUAUUGAUUGUUAUUUAUUAUUAUUUUAAUCCUGAUUUUCCUUAGUUGUAGGAUCCCUGGCUUUGAUAUUAAGAUAGCUGAAUUAUUAGAUAAAAUUGAUUACUAAUAGAAAUAACUGUUGAAAAAAUUCAUUUAUUAAUGAUAUUAAUCUUGCA